AUGACAGAAUCCACGUUAGUUUGGAGUGCUCGGGACCGGCUUGGUUGUCUGGAUGUUCAAAUGAACGAGAAUAUUAUGGAGGAUAAUGAGGAGGGUGAGGAGGAAGAGAAAGGGCUUCUCGCUUCUUUGCUCGCCCCUCCAGGAGGACAUGACAAACGCACCAGCGGCUCUCGAAAGAUGUUUGUCCUCUGGGUCGUGUAA